AUAUGUGCGUCACACAAACAAAGCGGCUACGGUUACGGAGGCCAUGUUGACGACGGUCGUCAAGCGACAUUUCGAUUAACCUUACUGGAAACACCCUUUAAAAGUGAACCCGCAAUUCCUAACUCACGCUAAACUGUAACAUAAUACGAUGUCAACGGACGAUUUUCAAACGAAGUACACUUCCUUCAUAGAGAGUGUCGUGAAGAGUACUAUCGCCGAAACGACCAAACUUUUUGAAAGUAUGGUUGACGAAUUAAAGGCUGAAUUGACUAAAGUCAAGACAGAGAACGAAGCCCUUAAACAAACAUGCAGACAGAUGGAGGAUGUGAAAACGCAGGCGAUCAGUGAGUCCGGACAACGUGGUGGUCCGAAGAUGCGGGAUACAGCCGUUCAAUGUGACCUUCUUUCUGGCUAUCUUUUACCGGAAGUGCAGCCAGUCAGGCAAAGCACAGAUGAACAAAAUAAACAAUGUAAUCAAGAAGACUUGGUGUACACCCUGCUGAAGGACCACGACUAUGAUGCUGCAAAAGAUGAAAAUUCAAAGCUGACUGUUUCACUUUCAAACCACGAGGAUUCUGAACCCCUCACAGUUAGCAGGAACAUAUUGUGUGCAGUAGCAGAUUCGCCACCAAACUCUGCUUGUGGAAAUGAAACAGAAGGCCCUGAGAUUGACAAGCAAUGUUUAAAGAGAGAGGUCAGAGAAAAACAUGAGACGCUAGUGGCCACUGUACACCCCAGUUUGGAAGAGGAUCACAAUUUACAUGAGGCACGGAAUCAAUUAAUAGACCCAUUAAAUUAUCUAAACUCACUUGUUAGAAUAAGUAAUAACAUGGGAGUGGCAGCCAGUGCUGGUGAAAUAUUAGCUGAAUUGGGGACCCAAGGAUGUGCUAGUCCAACGACAACCUUUGAAGAACAGUUGGAGGCAUCAAAGGUUAAAAUUCAGCAACCAUCAAUAAAGAAAACGCCAGUACAUGAACAAGCAUAUGUCACUAUGCAGCUACACAGUGGUGUUCCCCUUCCAGUGGAAAGGAAAGAUGAGCCAACACUAGUGGAUAAACAACUAGGAGAGCAAAUUAAAUGUGGCUUGACAGAAGAUAAAACCAAGUGUGAAAGAAAAGUGCCAGUAAACAGAAAAGAGAGAAAACAGCCCUCAGAAAAAGUGAAACGUCUGCAAAAGACCCCAAUGAAAACACCUUUAUCUUCAACUGGUGCUGUUGGUGCAUCACAUGAUGAAGUGAGGAUUUCACCUUCUAAUUGCGAAGAGGUCACGUCUUCAUGUUGGGUUGCAGAGGUCUCCCCAGAUCAACCACAAGAAGCUGUUACCAUUGUUUUUCCAUCAUUGGAAAAGAGAAGAAGCAGUGCAUCAGAAGACGUAGCGAACCAUAACAAUGUACCUCGUAUUGUUUCAGUAUUAUCUUUGUCAGAAGUAGGUUUGUCUUCUGUUUCUGAACAUCCCUGCAUGGACAUGAAAGAAGCUUUGUUUCAUGCCCAGAGUAGUGACAUUCCAUCUGCAUCAAAGUUAUUAAACAACCUAACAACUUUAUCACCAGAAGCAUCGUCGUAUCAGCUCGGGGAACGUACCACCUAUGUAGCGCUUCAGGAUGCAAUGCUACUCGUUGAAGCAAUGGAUCAGUCCACAAAGAAUUGUACCUCCCCACAAGAAAAGGCAACAGCCCAAGACCAGUGUACCUUCUCUGUUACCUUACCAUCUGCGGUACAAUCUUCAUUACCUACCCAAGCAUUGGCAUCACAGUCACCAAACAAGACACUUUUUGUCACUUUUACAAGAGAAUCCAGAAAUUCUCAGACCUACAUUAGAGUUCCUACAGUGCACCAACAUGGUGUUACUUCAUCUGAUAUUAUUACAUCUACAUCAUUGUUGACUGCUCCAGCAAGCAAAUCACAUGAAAAAUGCUCUCUCCAUACUCCAAGUAUAUUGGCAGCACCAUUAGAGACACUGAUAGUCUCAGACUCUGUCCCAAAUAAAAUAUUUUUGUCCAAAUCACCAUCCACUCAUCCACAAUGUAUGAUUGCCCCACUGUCUCCGAACCAGAUUUCAGCUGUUGUGUCAACAGUUGCUGGUGCCCACGAUAAGUCUACAUCUUCGUCUUCAGAACUUUCUCAAGGGAAAAAUGAAGUUACCUUCACAACAGCUGCUCGCCUUGUCAUGUCUGACACAACAAAACAAAGCUCAGGCCCAAUACCACAAACACAAAUAAAAAUUAUAAUUCCCAGAGGUACAGCUGUUGUGGCAAGCCCACCACAACUGUCUGAGACACUAGUUGCACCUACCAACCAGAAUUCAGUUGGACCAGAUGUCACUCUGCCAUCAUCACUGCACCCACACACGUUUACUCAAAUGAUUAAAAACGAAAAGGAAACACCACUGCCAAUUAUUUUAUCCACAUUGUCAUCCCCAAAACUAGAAUGUUUGUCACAGCCGAUCAGCAUUUGUGAAAAUUUACAAAUAACUCCUGGGCAUCAAACAUCAGCAUCAUCAACUAAGAGUGUACGGAUAAACUGUUUUCCACUAGUCCCAUCAAUCAGACUAAUAAGCCUGCCACACCUGACAUUGUCCACCAAAUCAGUUUUGGUUUCACAACUGUUUUCUCAUGGAAAGGAAUCUGAAUUCCUACUACACAGAACCUCAUCUUUGAUCAAUGACCAGGCAUCAGAAUCAACAGUCUGUCCAUUCGAAGUCUCUUUAUCAACCAACAUGUUUCCCAAUUUAAAACAAACUUCUGUUGCUGAAACUGUAAAUGCCUCUUCGAUAUCAAAGAAGGGAUCACCAUACUCAAGAUUGAUAGGGGAGCGAGCCACUUGUUUGUCACCCUGUAUACCUUCCAGUGUGUCCAACCCAGUCUUGGAUAAAUCAACAAUGGACUUUGCAAAGGCAGGGUUUUCAGCUGAAUCUGAUCAAGCACAUAAAACAUCUUUACCUCUGGAUGAGAAUAUUAUCAACAAUGCAGAGCAGAAUUGUGGUUCACGAAAUGACUGUCCUACCCCUUUACAGGUAUCCCCCAUCACCAAGGACAUAUCUGACCCUCAUUUACAAUUGACAAAAACUCAGUUCCUUGCACAGUUGGCAGUGUCACCUGUAAUCCAAGAUGCCCAAAAGGUAUUAACAAUUGAGUCUACAGAUGUCCAAAGCGUGUGUGAAGGCACCAGUACCGAUGGCAAGAGGAAGUCACAGAAAAAUUCCAUUGUUGCCCGUCUCCGAUGUCAUCUCAAAAUGCACUCUCAAACUAAAAGAACAAAAACAAUCCCAGAACAACUGACAGGCAAACAGCAUCCCGCUGAAAGCCCCAAGAAACACAGAUUAGAGAACUUUAGUACUACUGACCAAGAGUCUACCAAUGAGCUUAUUCAUGUUUGCACAAAUGUAGCCAGUUCCCUGAGUCCCACAGGGACACUAUCAGAAACUGAGUUUUUCCAAGAAAGUCCCAGGAAUCACCAAAGUACCGAUAUCAGUUCAACUGAAAGUAGGACUACAUUUGAGCCUGUUUCUGUUACCCCCCAAAACCUAGGCGUAAGUAAGUCUAGUUCAGCUCUAAAAAACACUACAGACAGCGCUUUAAUUAUCCCCUCACUGCCACAAACCGAAAUAAACGUCAGCCAUGUAAACCCAACUAAACAUGCAUUCAAGUCUGACAGUAUAACAAUGGGAGAUACUAUUGAACACAUUCCAAUAAACUCUAAAAGGCCCUUUUUUGCUGAAGGUUGUGCAAGCAAAACAUUUGAAUCUAUUAUAUAUCCACAAUCAAGCUCGACCACAGAUACACCUGACAUGACAAAUACGAAAUUAUCCCCACAGAGUAGUUUUCCGUCCAACCCAUGUACCAAUAAUGCUGUCUCUGAAAAGUCAGGAGAUUCUAGUCAGAGUCCCGCAUCAAGUUUAACUAUAGAUAAACUUUGUCUUACACAAACAACAUUCCCUGUUGGGAUCACUGGAAAGCCUAGCACCAAUAAAGAUGAGACUAGCCAAAAUAAGUUAAAAGCCACUACUGUGUGUCUAAGGUCAAGUACAACUCAAGUUACCCCUCUAAAGACUAAAUAUCCACCUGGAAGUCAGAAGAGGUGUUUCUCUGCUAAGGAAAAUGCUAGUAAUAAAAAGACCCAAUUAAAUUGUCAUCGAGAUCAAUCUGCCCAUACAAAGACAUCUCCUUCGCCUCCUCCUAGGACAAGAUUAACUAGAGAUUAUACAUCCCCAAAAAAGUCCCAAUUACCUCCCCUUAGUCAGAAUGAGUCCACUACCGUUAUUCAGAAUGAGUCCAGUUUGAUUAAAAAAUUUCCCAGCCCUAAAAUGCCUUACUGUGAAUCUCUCAGGAGUUGCAAGUUUGCUAAAGAAGAACAUACCACCAAAAAGAUAAAAAGAAAAUCAAAUUCGUUAUUUGGGAAAACUGUUGCCGCAAGUGCUUGGUGGCCCAAAUUGGCUAAAAAUAGUGCAAGUUCAAGUAAUACUGUGGAAAGUACUGCUAAGAAAUCUAGAUUCAACCAAACUUGUACUGUUUCAGAAAAUGUAAAGGUACAAAAUGCAAAGCAAUUAUCCAAAGCAGCAAAAGCUACAAAUAUAGCAAACAUUGAGCAAACUAAAUUAAAGAAUACUAAGCAAGUAAUACACCAUUAUACCAGUGAUGUAACAGGAAACAAAUAUACUUCUCAGCUUGUAUGGACCGCCCCUACAACGCGAGCUAGGGAAGCCGCCUCAUUAAGAGAAAUGAGGUUAGCAAUUUUACCAGUUCAGAGAGAGACACGCUCCCCAAGAUCUCAGAAUCGUUCUGUAGUAUCUCCCCAAUGUCUUUCGCACCACCUGACACAUGUCAAAGACCCACCUAUCGUAUCACCACUGCACCCUCUAGCGGUCAUUGGUGAGCGGCUGCUCAAGAACCAGUGUGGGGAAUGUGGUCGUGUUCUUAGCAGCAGCGCUGCUCUCGAAAGCCAUGUCAGUCUCCAUACCGGUCACAGACCAUUCUCUUGCACACUCUGUGGAAAGAGCUUCCCUGACUCCAAGGGUCUGAAACGACAUGGCAGAGUGCAUCGCAAUGGUAGGAUCCAUAUCUGUCAGCAGUGUGGGAAGGGGUUUGUCUAUGGCUUUGGCCUCACCAAACAUCUCCAGAUGGUACAUGGGAAAGUCAAGCCAUUUGUGUGUCAGAUCUGCAACAAGGCAUUCUUCACAAAGCGAGAUGUGGAGGCCCACAUACGAAUCCAUACAGGGGAGAAACCAUUCCAGUGCCAUCUCUGUGAAAAAAAGUUUGCAAGGAGAGUUGAACUAAAUGUGCAUCUGAGGUGGCAUAACGGGGAGAAAAGACACUGGUGCCCAUAUUGUGGAAAAGGAUUUUUAGACUACAACAACAUGAAAAGACACAAGUAUAUCCAUACAGGAGAGAAACCACAUUCUUGCCCACAUUGUCCCAAACACUUUACACAGUCUGGACACCUGAAAAAGCAUGUUAAAAAUGUACAUAAGGUCAAAUAAGAGACCCUGCAAGUUGGCUUCUUUCAAGGUCCCAUGCCACACCUAUUUUGUGUGUAUAUGUAUGUAUGUAUUUAUUUUACAAUCUUUGAUGUCCUUUUAUCAUGUUUUCAAGAUAAUUUGGGUUGUAAAUGCCGUUUUUCAAGCUAUUUCAGUUUGUCCACAACACCUGGCAGAUGAGAUGGCUGGAUUUCUCAUUAUUUGCUCUGUGAAUAAGCUUUCCUCUGAUUGGAUCACUGUUCUCCUUAAUUUGAAUAUGGAAAACACAUUUGCUCUGAUUCGGAGUAGGCUAUAUCUCACCAUCGAUCCAUGAUUAUAUUUCUUAAUAGAGUGUGUGUGUGUGUGUGUGUGUGUGUGUGUGUGAGAGAGAGAGAGAGAAAAGAAUGAGUGAGAGUGUAAAAGUGUGGCUUGUGGUAUUGCUAGCUUGGUUCACGUUAAAGUACAACCGAACGCUGGAAAUAGUUACUUAUUACAUGCGCCAACUUCCUUGCUCACAAUUCUCUAGGCCUGCUCUUUCUUCUAACGGUCCCGGUAUUGGUAGCAGGAGUUAUCAAAAUGUCAUGGGUGCACACAAAGUGACGAUCAAUUUUUCCGUCCAUAGUUAUGCACAAGAACUCCAGAACGUUGUGUGUGACGCAGUAUAUUCUUGAUGCUGACUGACUAUCGCGACACAGAGUCACGAGUUUGAGUUAAGUGAGUGCGUACCAAACACAAAGUGGGCAGGUAUUUGAAUAAUGAGUAGCGUAACUCCAUCACGACGACACUUCAAACCAAUUGGCUGGUUUUCUUGGCUUUGGCCUAUCAAAGGCUAAUUAAUACAAUUGACAAACUGCAUAGAUGUCAAACUUAAACCAUGUCAUAGACUAACUUUGACCUAUGUUAUGCAUAAAACAUUUAAAAAAUUGGACCUUGAUGGCAUGGGACCUUUAAAUGCAAAUGUAUUUUUUUGUGAGUUUUUUUAAUUUUUAUUACAACAAUAAUUGAUAUAGGUGAUGUGUAAAAUGAAAUUGUCCUGUCUAGUUUUAAUAUAUUCAUUACUUUUAUUUAUGGUAUCUAUAAAAUAAGCAACAAGAUGAAUAAACAUUUUCCCAUCUAGUUCCUUUCCUCCUACAAUUCAGUGUCUGAAUCCCUUUUGAAGUAAAUGUUGCAUAAAAAACUCA